CGCCGCUGGUGUACCAACUCGCGUUUUGCCUUCUGAAGCCUUCUGAAGCCGAGACGCCGCCUGGUUGGCUCGCUGCUGCCCGUUGCGCUCCGGCGGCAGCCAAGCCAAGUGCUCUCGCCCGCCCGCGCGUGCGCGAUGACCUUCCCGCUGGUGUGCUACUGCAACGCGGUGCCCCGGCCCAUCGCCGCCGUGUUCAGGUUCCUCCACGCCACCGCGCUGGCCUUCGUGCUCAUCCUCUGCCUCCUCGGCCUCUACGAGUUCCCCUACACCCCCGAGGAGCACGCGGCGCUCAUCAGCGGCCCUCGCCGCCGUCCCAACCGGGACGGCGCGCUUCCGGAGACGAUGAAGCGGCGGCUGCCCCCCGUCGAGUUCGCCGCGCACCUGGCGGAGCGGUCCCGAUCGUCGACGUCUAAGAGGCCGGGUCGCCACGAGGACGAGGAGGAGGACGACGGCGGCGACGCGAGCACGUGCAGGGUGUGCCUGGAGCGGCUGGAGCCGACGGACGAGGUGCGGCCGCUGGGCAACUGCGCCCACGCCUUCCACAGAGGCUGCAUCGACCGGUGGAUCGACGUCGGCGAGGCGACGUGCCCGCUGUGCCGGUCCAGCCUGCUGCCUCGUCAGCGCGGGGGGCUGCUCGCCAGUGCCAGGGCCCGGUUCAGCGGCUAGUUCUCCAUCCGUACCUGCACGAGGGGCAGUUUUGUCAUUUCAGCGGCGAUGGUACUUGGUGCAGCAGGCCAAUCGCGGGCUGUUCGCGAUCAGGACGACUAAGCACCGAGCAGUACCUGUGCUAAUCAAUGGGCACGCACGAAAUUAUUUGACCAACUCCUGGUGAGAAAAUAUAUGGAGCAGUACCGUCCGUGUUUAGGGAA